GUGACUGGCUGGUGUGUGGUCGCUCACAGGAAACACACGAGUGACAGAAGAAGAAGACGAUGAAGACACUGCUGCUGUUUCGGUCUCUGCUCGUCGUCCUGGAGGCGAGGUUGGUCUCAGGAAUGCCUGGUUCUCUAUUCAACAUCAGCCAAGAAGACCGUGGCCUUCAGGAGGCCGUCCUUGCCGCCACCUACUCCUUCAACAACCAAUCAAACGACGCGUUCCUCUUCAAACCUUCUGCCGUUCACAGAGCGCAGAAACAGAUUGUUCGAGGCGUACGUUACUUCAUGGACGUGGACAUUUCCAGAACCGUGUGUCGUAAAGGAAACAGCGACUUCUCCCAGUGUGACUUUCAGCCUGAAGGUCAACUGCAGCAGACCUUUCACUGUCACUCAGACGUCUGGGUCACUCCCUGGGAAAACGAAAUCAGAAUCCUGGAUUUUCCCUGUGAAUCCUGAGACCCUCUAUGUCUCCACGUGUCAGCUGGGUCACCCUCUGCCGGUCAGGUGAUGAACAGCAGGAAAAAAAUGUGAAACUG